AUGGACAGGUGCAUGUGCUGUUGCGCACCGUGCAAACCACGAUAUCGCAGGCUGGUGGAUGCAAUUUAUCCCAGGCGAAAAUUGGCAACGGAUUCAUUUGUGAACUUCGCGAACAUCGAAGAGAAUACCCCGGCGUACCACCGCGAAUAUGACUUUUUCAUUUCCAAAUUUGCCUCAAUGUGCCAUGCCAAUAGCAGCAGCCAGAAUGCAAAGGAUGUGCGAUAUGCUGGCUUGCGUGGUUUGCGAGGUGUUAUGUGGAAAUCGGCCACCGACCCGCUGCAGACAAGCAUUUGGGAGAAGGAGCAUAUGGACAAAAUUAUUCCUUCUAUUCUUUUCAAUCUUCAAGACGAUGAAGAUUCGGGUAACUUUUAUGAACUGAUGGCGAAAGCACCAUUUGGCCUAGUUUCGGUUCUGGACCCAGUCCUGAAACACUGUGAUUUGCAUAAAAAAUGGGAUCCUCCUCCUUCUUUUGCGGUUUAUACGUUUCGUGCCAUAAUGUACAGCGUAAAGGAUCCAAGCUUUGUUAUUCAGACCAAAGAGUGCCCCUCAGAGGCGCAAGAGAAAAUAUACCAGGAAUCACUGAUCAACGCAAUGGGUGAUUAUGCUUACGCGUUGCCCGACUAUCAGAAGGUGCAUUUUUGGACAACAAAAACUAAAAUUAUUUUCAGUUCGCUGUUCAUGCAAUUCUUAGAGAAGUAA